AUGACGCCCUUGCGGGCGCAAGCACUUCUCGAGCCAGAGGACAGCUCCUCCUCGGACUUUGUCGAGUCGCCCGAGGAGGAGUCUUCGCCGGAGGUCUCCGACUCCGAUGGGGGAAACCGUCAUCAGCCGCCGCAGCCGCAGCCGCAGCCGCAGCCGCAGCCGCAGCCGCAACACCACCGCCACCACCAGCAACCGCAGCAGCAGCAGCCGCAGCCGCAGCACCCGCGUCAGCAGCAGCAGCAACAGCAGCAGCAGCAGCAGCAGCAACGCCAGCGUCAGCAGCAGCGUCCGCGUCAGCAGCAGCAGCAGCAGCAGCACCAGCACCAGCAGCAGCAGCACCAGCAACCACCACAGCAGCGACCACAACCGCGCGGGCCGAGGGAGCAGCGGCAGUCCGGCCAAUCGUCUCAGGAGUCUGAGCCUGCUCCUCCGCCGCGACCUACGCUGUCCCUCACCUCUGCGAGCGAGCGCCAAAGACAGUUGGCGAUUCAUCAGUUCACUGCGGGUGACCUUCAUCGGGCGGUACGGACACUACUGAGCUCCGGCAUCUACAGGGCUGAAUCUUUUGCUGAUCUUCUUGCUGAAGCACAAGAGAAGUUCCCUGAUGUUCGGACUCGAUCGAGACGGCUGUCUGAAGUUCUCGCAAACCGCGUCAGCGCUCCUGCCCCGGUUCACGCUCGCGGUGAUGAUGAGGAUGUUGCCAACCCCACAGUGCUGGUGAGUUUGGAUGCAAAGAACGCCUUCAACUCCCUCGACCGCCAGGCUCUCUUCGAUGCAAUCGAGGGACGUGCGAGUCGCGACUACUUUGAUGGGAGCAUCACUGAAGGCGCUCGCUUGCCCUCUUGCGAGCAUCUCCGUUUGUUCGCCUCCUACCUCUCCAGCUACUAUGGAGACUCUGCUGACCUUCGACUCUUUCACAAAAGUCAGUCAGCCUCCGUUCAGUGUACCUCGGGCGUCUGUCAGGGCGAUGUCCCCUCCAGCGUAUUUUUCUGCCACAGUAUCCACCCCCCAGUGCUCCUCCAUAUCACAGAGCUUUUUCCCUCUGUUCGAGUCUUGGCCUAUGCUGACAACGUCGUGCUUGUCGGUCCACUCGAAGAUGCCGUUGCAGCUACGUCCGCUAUGAAGAAGUACAUGUUGGCUGAUCUGAAGCUAGAGAUUCAACCUCGAGAGGGCGCUUGA